AUGCUCGGCAGCGAUGGCGGCUACUGCUUCAACGACGUCGACAAGGACAGCUGCGUCGCAUGGGGUCAGCCAUACGUGGCAUGCUACCUCGACACACCCACGCAGCAACCGACCUCUGCCCCGACCUCGGCCCCAACGUCAGCCCCGACCUCGGCCCCAACGUCAGCCCCGACCUCGGCCCCAACGUCGGCCCCGACCUCAGCCCCGGCGUCUAACGAUUGCGUCUGCCUCGACGGUGACGGGUGUCAAAAUGACGUCUGCGUCGGCUGCAACAUGCACGAUCCGCAGAACGCGGGCAACUACUGCUUCAAUGACGUGACCCAAGACAACUGCGUCGGGUGGGGCAAGCCCUUUACGUGGUGUGCGUCGUCGCGGUAG